GCCGUACAGCACCCGAAAAGCAGUGUUGGAAAGCGUGGUCCGAAGAUUGCACGUGGGGAACUUGUUAUUUCUCCCGCAUUGCAAAUAAUAAUCUGUAGAAAUGACUGCCGUGGAGCCUGGGACGAAGAGGAAGCGCAUCUCGAAGAAGAACAAGUCCGCGUGGCGCAAGACAGACAUUCAGGAUGUGGAGCAGUUCCUCGAAGACCAGCGCCAGGAGGAGCGUGUCGGGUCAUUUGCGGACAAAAAGGAUGAAGAUAUCUUCGUGGAGGAUGCUUCGCCUCAGAAAGCCAAGACCUCGGUGCUGAGUGUGAAGCAGAAGAGGAAGCUGAACGCCAAGAAGCCGAUGCGGAGUCAUCAGGCAUUGGAAAACACAUCUAAGGUCCAGGAUCCCAUAGUAAAGCGCAAUCAUGUAAAGCAGAAGAAGAACGGCCGCAACAUUGAGCUGGAGGUGUGCAAUCCCACCAAGCCGCGUCAUCGUCAGGCCAACAGCGAUCGCGUUGCUUACUACGGCAAGCUGGAGCAGCGUCUGGAGGCCAAGAAGAACAAGAAGGUUGUGGCCGACAAGGAUAUUUGGCAGGAGGUUGACUUCCGUGACGCGAUACCAGGAUUGAAGGAUGAAAAGGGUUGGAUCAGUCGGGAAUUGGCCGUUCAUACAGCCGGAAAUAUUGGCAAGAAGGUGGUGAAGACGCAUGCCAGCUUGCACCACAAGACCACCAGGGCAAAGAAAUUUGAGCUGCCGCAUCCGGGUAUGAGUUACAAUCCUUCAGCUGAAGAUCACCAGGCGCUCAUCGACCAGGUGGUGGAGCGUGAGCAGGGCAUUAUCAAGAAGGAGCAGCAUUUGAAGCGUGUGACCACCAGCAUGUUCUCCAAGGUGACGCCCGAGGAGCGGGACAAGCGUCAUCUGCAGGAAAUGAGUCAGGGCAUUGAGGAUGAGGAGAAUGCUGAGGAGCAGGAGCAGGAGAAUGAGGAGCAGGAUGCCGAUAAGCCUUAUCACACAAUCAAUGCUCCAGUCGAGAACAAGAAGAAAAGCAAGCAGGCACGCCGCAAUGAGCUGAAGCAGAAAGAGCUUCAGCGCCAAACGGAAUUGAAAAGGAAGCUCAAGCAACAGACGGCAGAUCUGAUACGCAUCAAAUCGAUUCGCCACGAGCUGGACGAGGAGGAGGAGGAUCUAAACGAUCUCAAGAAGCGUCGCAAGCAGCGUGCCGAGAAGGCAAAGUUCGAGCCCAAGCGUCUGGGGCGGCACAAGUUCGAGGAGCCCGAUGUGGAUGUCAAUCUGCCCGAGGAUAUAGCCGGCAAUCUGCGCAACGUGAAGACGGAGAGCAGCCUGUUGAAGGAUCGCUUCCAUAUGCUGCAGCGUAACAAUAUGCUUCCCACGACGAAGGCCGUCAGCAGAAAGAAGGCCAAGGUCAAGAAGUAUCUCCGCAAUUCCCACAAGGAGCCGGGAGUCAGCUACCAGGAUCUGAAGGAGCGUCGCAAGGUUGCCGCUGCUGCCGCCAAGGCGGGUACGCCCACCAUCAAGAUAUAGGUCGAUUA